ACUCCACUCCACUCGCCACUGCGCGCUCGCGUCGCCACCCCAUAAAAUCCACUGAAAUCCAACACACGCGCCCAUCUCCCCGCAUCCACAUGCACGCGUAGGUCCGCCUGCUCCCAUCCCAACCACCCCCAUGCCUCCCCCGCUGCUCGUUUUCGUAUGCCUCGUCCUGCUUGCCGCGCCAUGGCCGUCCGAGGCGGCGACGGCAGGCGCAAAGCCACUGCUUUUCGCGCUGCGGGCGCGCCAGAUGCCCGCCAGGGCGCUGCCGCGGCAGCCCAGCAAGCUACGGUUCCACCACAACGUCAGCCUCACCGUCUCGCUCGCCGUCGGCACGCCGCCGCAGAACGUCACCAUGGUGCUCGACACCGGCAGCGAGCUGUCCUGGCUGCUCUGCGCGCCGGCCGGCGCCAGGAACAAGUUCAGCGCGAUGUCCUUUCGUCCGAGGGCAUCGUCCACCUUCGCCGCCGUUCCCUGCGCCUCCGCGCAGUGCCGCUCCCGUGACCUGCCAUCACCGCCGGCCUGCGACGGGGCGUCAAGCAGGUGCAGCGUGUCACUCUCCUACGCGGACGGGUCCUCCUCCGACGGCGCGCUCGCGACCGACGUCUUCGCCGUCGGCAGCGGGCCGCCGCUGCGCGCGGCGUUCGGCUGCAUGUCCUCCGCGUUCGACUCAUCCCCGGACGGCGUGGCGAGCGCCGGGCUGCUGGGCAUGAACAGGGGUGCCCUCUCCUUCGUCUCGCAGGCCAGCACCCGACGCUUCUCCUACUGCAUCUCCGACCGCGACGACGCCGGCGUGCUGCUCCUCGGCCACAGCGACCUGCCCACCUUCCUGCCGCUCAACUACACGCCCAUGUACCAGCCGGCCCUGCCGCUCCCCUACUUCGACCGCGUCGCCUACUCCGUCCAGCUCCUGGGCAUCCGCGUCGGCGGCAAGCACCUGCCCAUCCCGGCCUCGGUGCUCGCGCCGGACCACACCGGAGCCGGGCAGACCAUGGUGGACUCCGGCACGCAGUUCACCUUCCUGCUCGGGGACGCCUACUCGGCACUGAAAGCCGAGUUCACGCGACAGGCCAGGCCCCUCCUGCCCGCGCUGGACGACCCCAGCUUCGCGUUCCAGGAAGCGUUCGACACCUGCUUCCGCGUGCCGCAGGGGCGCUCUCCGCCGACGGCGAGGCUGCCGGGCGUGACGCUGCUGUUCAACGGCGCGGAGAUGGCGGUGGCGGGGGACAGGCUGCUGUACAAGGUCCCCGGGGAGCGGCGCGGCGGCGACGGCGUGUGGUGCCUGACGUUCGGAAACGCGGACAUGGUGCCCAUCAUGGCGUACGUGAUCGGGCACCACCACCAGAUGAACGUGUGGGUGGAGUACGACCUGGAGCGCGGCCGCGUCGGGCUCGCGCCCGUCCGCUGCGACGUGGCCAGCCAGCGCCUAGGCCUCAUGCUCUGACGAGAUUUGGCUUAACCGUCCAGUGUAAAUUAGUUAGUGCUGCUACAUCAAUCCUUUUUCCUUCUUAGACUGAUCGGGCUGACAGGUUUGCAUGUAAAUACGGCAAUGAACCUAUCAACAUCGCCAAUAAUCUGAUCCAA